AGCAAUGCUUUACCAAGAAUAAUGUAUCAUUCAGUGGACUCAGCUUGUACUAUGGCCAUUGUUUUGGAAUGCAGACUUACAGGUAAUUGACAGCUUAUGAUGGGUGUGUGUACUUGGCUUGUGUACCUAACAGCAAUGGGAGUUAAAGGUGUAACCAUAGAGCGUUUAAGAGGGAGGGGUGAAGUGGAGGUAGAGCCAGAGGGAGAGUCAAAAAGGGUGGAACUGACAGAGGGGGCGAGGUUGUCAGGGAAAGGGAAAUGAAGGAGUAAGCAAGAUUGUGCCUGCAACAUAGACAGAUUCACUUAGCAGACUUUAAAAGAAGAUAGACAUGGUUAGAGACAAACUGGAGGCGAGAACAAGGAAGGAGUGAGAGAAACAACAAGCCAUCAGCAGCCAACCUUGGCCACCUUAUCCUUUUCCAUCUAUAUACGGAAACCACUGGAUAAUUUAUAAGCCUCUCCCUCUCGCUCUGUGUGAGUGUGAGAGAGAGAGGGGGGAUUUGCUGAGCUCACCACCACCAUGCUGUGUCCUGCUGCUGUCAGUGCAGCUGCUGCGGCUGUCUGGCUGCUGGCAGCGCUGGGCCCAGGCCUGUCUCUUCCAGCUGAGGACAACACAGAGGCAGGUUUCAGCCUCUGCAGCCACUGCUUCUACAGACAGAUGCCUCCUCAGGGAGCGUCUGCAGGGCCGCUGCUGCGCUCACUCUGCCACAGACUGCCCGGGGGACAGACGUUCGCCACUCUGUCCAGACCGACCUGUGACACAGCUGUCUACUCCGCCUUCCAUCUCAGGCACGGAUGGACAGAGGGAGACGAGGGGGAAGAGCUGGUGACAGAAGAAGAAGAAGAAGAUGUUAAAGUAGCAGUACCAGCUCUUCUCAGAGGAGGCGGGGAUCAUCCUGUUUCACCCACAGACUCCCCGCUUCAAAACUGGGACUCAACAGUCGCAACACUGCUCCAGUCAAGCAUCAUUCCCCAGUGCAGCACUUUGGGGGGUGAUCUCUACAUCCUGACCGGGUCGGGAGGUCUUGGGGCUGCAGAGGAUGGAGAUGAGGAGUGUCAGACAAAGCCGUUGUGGUCUGCAGUGUGCUGCGCUGUCUCAGAGGGGAAGAGUGGCUUCAGUCUGGGGUUAAUCAGAGAGACAGGGGAAGGGGAGAAGCAAGUGAGCGUGAAGGAGCUGGAGGAGAUGCUUGAAGUAGCAGAGCUGUUCUCAGAGGGCUGUGGAGGAGCAGAUGGGGAGACUGUUGGAAUCAGAGUGGGACUAAAGGAGGUUGGUUCAGGUCUCACUGGAGAAGAGGAGGUUGGUUCAGAUGCUGCCGGAGGAGAAGAGGUUGGUUCAGAUGCCACUGAACAAGAGGAGGAUGGUUCAGAUGCUACUGAGGGAGUAGAGGUUCAUUCAGAAGCCACUGAAGCAGAGGAUGUUGGUUCUACUCCUGCUGCAGAAAAGGAGGUUCAAUCAGGUAGCGCUGGAGAGGAGGAGGUUCAUUCAGGUGCUACUGGAGGAGAGGAGGUCAGUUCAGGUGCCACCAGCCAAGAUUCAACUUCAGAGGGUAGCAGUGAAAAGCAGCGUGAUGUGAAGCAUAAAAAAAUAGUUGCCACAUCCCAGUCUCCUGAGUCCUCAACCGAUUAUCAAACUGUGGAUGAACAGGAGACAGACACAAAUUCUAGCAGCACUCUGGUCUACAUCCUCUCCACCGCCAUGUCCAUCCUUAAAGCUCCGCUGCGGCCUGUGUUCUCCACAGUCACACAGCUACCUGCACAGGUGACGUACGUUCUUCAGGAAGACCUCGGUGUCCUGUCUGCCCUACCUGGAGAAACCUUCUCCCUGUUCCACCUUUUGACCUCUGACCUCUUGUCUUGGGUGCGCUCAGCUGGAGAAACACUACUGGGUAUCGGGGAAACUUGCUGUUCCAGCAUCUAUUACUGCUCCUCGUCCAUGGUGGGGACCCUGAUGAACAGCUGCCACACUGGGGUCACUGGUGUGGGGACCCUGGCUGGAGACACAGUGGGGAUAUUUGGUGAUGCACUGGAUAAUGCUUGGUGGGUGACCAAGUUCUUUGGAGGGCGGCUGUGGGAGCAGAGCGAGGGUUACGUGGGAACAGUGGUGUCAGAGGUGGGGGGUCAGGCAAAAGCUGUAGGUGGAGGGUUGGGGAGCCUGGUGUGGAGAAGUGGAAAGGGGGUGGGUAAUGUGUUUAGGCUGGGAGGAGGGGUAGUCAUGGGAAUGGUGGAUAUGGUCAUCGGUGCGGUGAGAGGGGCUUUUGGCGAGGAGGAAGAGUGAAAAGUGAAGGAAAAAUCCACAAGACGCCCUGACCAACAAAUGUUUUCUCCAGCUUUGAUUUGUAAAUUUCUUUAGCACAUAAGAGUGUGAAAAAAGGGGACUGUUUCAGUUUGAUGUCAUUUAAAAUGCCUUAGCUGUUAUAGAAGGACAGCCACAUGUUUCUGAAUCAAAUUUAAUGAAUUAAAAAUGUAUUAUUCUGCAGGUCUUACACAUCACUGUGGUUGGCUGUCCAAGUAAUCUGUUGCUGGGAUUAGUGACCCAACUGUGAUUUAGUCAACACUGUGCACAAAGCUUUAGGAUGUAAUUAUUCAAAAUAAUUCCUGUAUGAUAAUUGUUAUGAUGAAUGUUUGCUUAUAUGUAGAUUUUAAUAAAAGAGAAUGCUGGCUUAUUGUA